AUGCCUAUCUGCCAAGGUCCAGAGUUUACCGUCCCAUCUGUUGCCUCCACCCCAACUGUUGGGUUUGGAUCUGCAGGGCUCGGCUGGGGAGGUCUUGGCUAUGGAUAUGGAGGUCCCGGCUGUGGGUAUGGAGGUCUCGGCUUAGGAUAUAAAGGUCUUGGUUUUGCACAUGGUCUAGGCUAUGGUCUGGGCUGGGGCCAUGGUCCUGCUGUGGCUGAAACUUCUGGCAGUCUUGGAACCCUGGCUGGAGUCGCCCCUUCCUGCAUCAACCAGAUCCCACCAGCAGAAGUCGUCAUCCAGCCACCUCCUGCCGUCUUGACCAUCCCAGGACCCAUCCUCUCUGCUACUGGUGAACCAGUUUCUGUGGGAGGCAACACUCCAUGUGCCAUUAGUGGUUCUGGGGUGGUAGGAGCAGGCUUCUAUGGGGGGCUAGGAGGCCUUUAUGGAGGCUGGGGUUCCAGACUGGGCCUGAAGAGGGGUGGAUUCGUUGGAAAAUGGCCUUUGCUGGGACGCCGUGCCAGCGUCUGUUCAAUCCCUUGUUAA